AUGCGUAAAAUAGCUGAAGUGGAAGUGAGAACAACUGAAAUGCUGGGACACUACGGGGCAACUGGACUUGGCUCCGAAGUGGUGUUGCGGCUCCUCGUCCCCGGCGGAUCCGGAGAUUGGAGUCUCUGCACCGGGAGGCGACUGGCGGCGGAACUGCUGCUGCUCCUGGGACUUCUUCUUCUUACCUUACACAUCACGGUGCUGCGGAGCAGUCCGUUGCCCCAGGGAAAUGCAACUCUGAGCCUGGCUCAGGAAACAGCACUUACAGAGAACAGUAUAAAUGCAAAAAGCAGCUCCUCUGCCCAGUUGGCUCCUGAAGACCGACGGUCUGGUCCAGAACAUAGGUUGGCCCACCAGCCUGCCACCCUCCCCUGGGCACAAGGCAGCAGCAUACACAGGGACGGCCCUGGAGCUUUCUUCCUAGAUCUACACAAUUUUCCCGACCUCUCCGGAGCCGACAUCAAUGGGCAGAAUCCAAACAUACAGGUGACCAUUGAAGUGGUGGAUGGGUUGGAGAGCCAUGAGCCCGAGAAGGGCCUCCGUAAGGAAAGCAAACCCAGCUGGGCUUCUCCUAACUGGAGAAACUGGUGGCCUCACACUUCUUCAUCCUCCUCUUCCACCACUCAUCAAACAGAGGAGCACGAUCACUCGUAUGGGAGCAACAGUGAGGACAGCAACUUCCUCAGGCCACCAGCAGACUGGGACAGGAGAGGAGGCACGGGGGGAGGAAGCAAAGCUCAAACUGAAUAUGACUAUAUGGAUGGAGAGGGGGACUGGAGUAACUGGUCAGCAUGUAGUGUCACUUGUGGAAAUGGCAACCAGAAGAGAACCCGGUCAUGUGGUUAUGCCUGUACAGCCACAGAAUCCCGAACCUGCGAUAUGCCCAACUGCCCAGGUAUCGAAGAUGCCUUCAAGACAGCAGCUACUGAAGUGAGCCUUUUAGCUGGAACAGAUGAGUUCAAUGCCACAGAGCUCUUUGGUGUUGACACAGACAGCUGUGAGCGUUGGAUGAACUGCAAGAGCGACUUCUUGAAGAAGUAUAUGACCAAGGUGUCAAACGACCUUCCCAGCUGUCCUUGCUCUUACCCAACUGAGGUGGCAUACAGCACAGCAGAUGUACACGAUGCUCCUACACGCCGAGAUUUCCGUUGGAAAGAUGCCAGUGGGCCAAAAGAAAAACUAGAGAUCUACAAACCCACAGCCCGCUACUGCAUCCGCUCCAUACUGACACUGGAGUCCACCACACUGGCCGCACAGCACUGCUGCUACGACGACAACAUGAAGCUCAUCACUCGCGGCAAAGGGGCUGGUGCACCAAACCUCAUUAGCACGGAGUUUUCAGCAGACCUGCACUACAAAGUGGACAUCCUGCCGUGGAUCAUCUGCAAAGGAGACUGGAGCCGCUACAAUCAGGCCAGGCCACCGAACAACGGGCAGAAAUGUCCUGAGAACCCUCAGGAGGAGGACUACUACAAACAGUUUGAAGAAGCAAGGGAAUUCUAGCCCUGUGCAGAGUGAAUGAAAAAAAAACACUGCUUAAACGUUCAGCUAAACCUGAGAAAUGGUGCUGAAACCAUUUUUGAUUCUGUUUUGGGUCUAACACGUACUUUUAAGCUCUGAGGAACAAGACUCACUGCUCUUUUGAACCAGGAAUAUAAAUCCAACAGAGUCAGAACUCUUUCUUGAUCAUAAGGAAUGUUUCUUGACAGGCAAAAUAAUUUUGCUUUUUGUUUUUGUUCGUUUUUGUAUAAAACGUGUCUCUGAAAUCUUGCCAGUAAUUUGUGUUUCCAGUUCCACCUGUCAGUUUUGGUCACUAAAGAGAGAACUGACUUCAUAUUAUUAAAAGGGAAGAUUAUUAUUCUAGGACCAUCCUAUAGGUUGUGUUCAUGUUUAUGUUUGGUGAAUCUGAGAGGCCUGUCGUGAUAGAAAAAUGAGAUCCUUCAGGAGUGUGUUGGGGUGGGGACAGAGGACAGGGUUUGAAUCUUACAGCAUCCCGUUUUCUACCAUUCGUCAAUUGCAAUAUCCAGGUUCUCAUGUAAAUUUGUGUUUAUUUAGCAUGCAGUUUUUUAAAAAUGUUUACCAAUCAUGUACAACUGUGUUCCUUGUCUUUGAGGCAGAUUUUCAUUGUAAAAAGCCUGCAUUAUUUUUGUAAAGUAUUUAUUAAGUUGUAGCUGCAUCUGAGUCGGGUGAUGAUAUGGCUGAAUGCUAACUUGAGAUGCUUUGUUAUCAGUGUGUGUAUCACUGUGUCAGGUUAGGAUUAAACCGUAAUAGAGCGCAAAGAAUGUGUGAAUUCAAAUGUAUGGAAAGAUUUUAAGAUAUAAAUCUAUAAAUAAAUGUUUAA